AUGACUGACGAAGCUGUUGAAACAAGUGACACUCCAGUUUGGGUGACACUAGAAGAUGUUCUUUUUGCAAGUGUAUUGGUUGCCAUGCGCAAUGCAAUUCAGCAUUCGCAUCCUCCUGAAUCGGAAGAGAGUACGAUCAAUGCAGUGAGACAGAUUGCAGCAUCAUCACUUCCAGCCGAGUUUCGACAGAGUUUACGUGGACUCAGUGUCGCCAAUCAUGUCUCACACCAGUCCUGUCAAAUGGACAGUAGUUAUAAUUCAAUGGAGCAGCAGCUUCUUGAAGCCAGACUAGAAAUUAAGCUUUUGAGAGCACAUCCCAAAAACGACAAAACAUAUGGCACAAGUAGGAGAGGAAAAUAUCCACCAAGUCGCAGAUUAAACAUGGCACAUACAGCACGCACUGUAAAAGUUGCAAAGACAUUUGGACUGUGCAAGUCAGAUUUGUUGCAUGUUCAUUUUAUCGACAUCUGUCUCAAGUUUGGAGCAUCUAUUACGACUUGUCAAGAAUUGAGCUGCAAUCGAUACGCUGUGCAACUAACCACUGCAGUUGUACGAGUUGUUCCACAGAUUAUUCUGUGUUUCCAUAGCCAUAUGACAUGGACACUUUUGAAACAUGAUGUAGUGACUGUUGAACAACACAGAGAGUGGCAUCAUACCACCGACUAUAUGUGUUAUAUGAUGCUAGAGCAGAUCAAGAUUGUAUCAUGUGAGUUGAAACCAGCAGUUGAAUUGAUUUGA